AUGUCAGCUACAGUUUCUGAAACUACACCACUCAAAAGUCCUAGUGCUGCAACUAGAUACAGCUCCUUUCAGUUUCUGCUUAUCAGUUCUGAUUCUUUAGGAGAGGCGAAGGCUCUUCAGGACUACCGUAAGAAGCUGCUUGAGCACAAGGAGAUCGAUGGGAGCCUCAAAGAGUUAAGAGAACAGUUGAAAGAGCUUACCAAGCAAUAUGAAAAGUCUGAAAAUGAUCUGAAGGCCUUACAAAGUGUUGGGCAGAUUGUGGGUGAAGUGCUUAAACAACUAACAGAAGAAAAAUUCAUUGUUAAAGCAACAAAUGGACCAAGAUAUGUUGUGGGUUGUUGGCGUCAGCUUGACAAGAGUAAGCUGAAGCCAGGGACAAGAGUUGCUCUGGAUAUGACUAUACUAACUAUCAUGAGAUACUUGCCAAGAGAAGUUGAUCCACUGGUUUACAACAUGUCUCAUGAAGACCCUGGGAACGUUUCUUAUUCUGAGAUUGGAGGGCUAUCUGAACAAAUCAGAGAAUUAAGAGAGGUAAUAGAAUUGCCCCUUACAAACCCUGAGUUAUUCCAGCGUGUAGGAAUAAUACCUCCAAAAGGUUGUUUGCUGUAUGGACCACCAGGAACAGGAAAAACACUCUUGGCAAGAGCUGUUGCUAGCCAGCUGGACUGCAAUUUUUUAAAGGUUGUAUCCAGUUCUAUUGUAGACAAGUACAUUGGGGAAAGUGCUCGUUUGAUCAGAGAAAUGUUCAAUUAUGCCAGGGAUCACCAACCAUGCAUCAUUUUCAUGGAUGAAAUAGAUGCUAUUGGUGGCCGUCGUUUUUCUGAGGGUACUUCAGCUGAUAGAGAAAUUCAGAGAACUCUAAUGGAGUUACUGAAUCAGAUGGAUGGAUUUGAUACUUUACACAGAGUAAAAAUGAUCAUGGCUACAAACAGACCAGACACAUUGGAUCCUGCUUUGUUGUGUCCAGGAAGAUUAGAUAGAAAAAUACAUAUUGAUUUACCAAAUGAACAAGCAAGAUUAGACAUAUUGAAGAUUCAUGCAGGUCCUAUCACAAAACAUGGUGAAAUAGAUUACGAAGCAAUUGUGAAGCUCUCAGAUGGCUUUAAUGGAGCAGAUGUGAGAAAUGUUUGCACUGAAGCAGGUAUGUUUGCAAUUCGUGCUGAUCAUGAUUUUGUAGUACAGGAAGAUUUCAUGAAAACAGUCAGAAAAGUGGCUGAUUCUAAGAAGUUGGAAUCUAAACUAGACUAUAAACCUGUCUAAGUUAUACUUCUUAAAAG